AUGCUGACAUGCCAUUUCGAAAUCCAGAAAAGACGGGCACCAGCGAUGAGGGCCAGCUCGGCCAAUCAAGCCGCUACGAUCCGGUACCUCCGCUUGACACCCAACGUCUCGGCGGCGUGCGCCUCAACCCGUCGUCAACGAUUGCGAACGUGGUAUCCCUAUGGCUUGUGCGAAGCCGACGAGGUCGCCCGCUCGAGCUGCCUGCCACCGUGCAGAGAUCCAGCACACUCUGAUGGAGCUGCGUCCACUGUGCCUCAAAAUGAGCCAUGCGACAGUGAACGGCGGUCGAUGCACGGCAGGCGAUGCGAUCUUGGCCAAAGGGCUCUUCAAGUAUACUUAUGUAUGUCGUCGGCAGGUACCAGGGACGACGUUUGUUUGUGCGGCGAAGGAUAG